UCAAGAGCAAGUUACUAGAACUCAGGUCGUGGCAUGUGUGGAAGAUUUUUCAGAUGUAAAUAAAGCUAGAUUGAUUUUAUACUAAAGUAUUUAUAUAAAUUGUUAUAUUAAUCGCUCACGAUGGUGCGAAAAUUAAAGUAUCAUGAACAAAAACUGCUAAAGAAGGUAGAUUUUUUAUCGUGGCCGGCCGACAAUAAUCUUCACGAGGUUAAGAUCUUAAAGCGAUAUUGCAUUCAGAGAAGAUCAGACUAUACGGUGUACAACAAAUUGUCACGCGAGAUACGGGAAUUAGGUAAAAAGAUUAAGGAAGUUGAACCUGAUCAUCCUUUUCGAAUAGAGCAGAGUGCUAUGUUGCUGGAAAAGUUAUAUAUGAUGGGCUUGAUAUCCACCAAAUGGGAUUUGUCUCAAACUCAGAAAGUAACCGCCAGUUGCUUUUGUAGACGAAGACUUCCAGUUGUUAUGGUACGCAACAAAAUGAGUCAAACAAUAUCAAUGGCAAUAAAGUUCAUAGAGCAGGGUCAUGUCAGAGUUGGGGUCGAAGUUAUAAAGGAUCCUGCAUUUCUAGUAACAAGAAAUUUGGAAGACUUCGUUACAUGGGUAGAUACUUCUGCUAUUAGGAAACAUGUACUAGAAUACAAGAAUGAGAGGGACGAUUUUGAUUUGGCAUAAAUUUAUGUGUUAAUUGAAUGUGUGUUUGUGAAAUAUAUUUUUAUAAAUAAAAAAGAAUAUUGUGUUUAUUAUAGAUUAAAUAUUUAUAAUCAAAUUCUUUCAACAAA